AUUGCACCACUGUACUCCAGUCUGGGUGACAGAGUGAGACUCUGUCUCAAAAAGAAAAAAAAAAGUCAGAAUGAUCAGUAAAUACUGGACCCUCUAUGGGGCCUCCGCCCGGCAAAUGGUGAAAGAAAUUGAAAUCGGCCAGCACGCCAAGUACACUUGCUCUUUCUGUGGCAAAACAAAGAUGAAGAGACAAGCUGUGAAAAUCAGGCACUGUGGUUACUGCAUGAAGACAGUGGCUGGUGGUACCUGGACCUACAAUACCACUUCCUCUGUCACAUCAAGUCUGCCAUCAGAAGACUGAAGGAAUUGAAAGAACAGUAGAUGCUCCAGCACUCUUUGAGACAUCACUGGCCUAUAAUAAAUGGGU